GCAAGAGACAGAGAGCGGAACGCGGAGCGACGGCGCGAGUGCGAGGAGAGAAAGCGAGACAGAGAUACUCGUGUAGGACAGACGAGAGACCGCGAGUCGUCGUGUAGACUUGUAGAGUCGCUCGAUCGCGGCGGUAGUGUGCGGCGAGCUACAGCGCGCGCAGUAGUGUGCGAGUGCGUGCGAGCGAAUGACGUGCGCGGUCGCCGUCGAUCGUCGCGCGGCCGCCGCGGGUGCUGCCAGUGCUCCGUUCGUCAUCGCCGUCGGUGCAGUGCGGUGUGUGCUGCUUGUCGAGUCCGCGCGACAGCCUGCGCGCGCCAGAGCGCGCCUGCCUGCUUGUCCGACAACAACGUUCGUACUUGUCGAUUACGCGCCGCGUUUGCCGAUUAUCGUGGCCUGAUAGCAGUCGCGCUUCCAGCAACGGUGACUGGAGCAGCCGCAACAGCAGUUUCUUCCUCUUGGUCGGCUGAUCGACCGACCGCCCCGGCUGCGAGCAUGGCGGGCAACGGUGUGCCGGUCCUCCUCAUCACCGCGAACGUCGGCAGUAUCUUUGAAGAGCCUAGCGUGAUGCUAAAGAUAUGGACGGAAGAAUUUUUAUCCACUAUAUCGAGGCUGGAUCCGAAAUUCAUAGCAUUGCACUGCCAAGAAGUAGGCGGGAAAAAUUACGAGCAAAGUAUGAGACAUGUGGAAGACUUUGUUAGAUUACUUAUGUCGUCGGAAGAAUUAAGGUUGUUUGACAAAAUUAGAGUAUUUCUCGACGAGGACUAUUCGUCCGCCGAACAUUUUACAGCUUUAGGAAACUUCUACUUUGUGCAUGAGUCCUUGAGCGACGUUUUAUUAUGGGAUUUUAAUGAAUGUACCUUUGUACCGGUAAAUGGAAAAGAAGUCCAUUCGGGUAAUAUAGAAGCAGUUACAACCAAAGAAAAGGCCAAGUUUCCUCAAGAGUUCUUCCCAGAAUGCAAAUGGUCCAGAAAAGGCUUCCUGCGGACGCGAUGGAGUAUUAGUGGAACAGUUUUUGAUCUCAUAAACAUACACUUAUUUCAUGACGCCAGCAAUUUUAUUGCUAUGGAGACGUUCCCAUCGGUAUACAGUAAGACGCGCAGAAGAGCGCUGGAGCAUACCUUAGAUAGAUUCCAUAAUGACAAAUAUCCAAAUGUACCAUAUUUUUUAUUUGGUGACUUUAAUUUUAGGACAGACACAGCAAGUGUGAUCAAAAAACUAACGGAAGAUACUCGAGAGAGGAGGUUAUCAAAUAAGGGGAAUAUUUCAAAGCUUCAAUUUCAUAAUAGAGAUGACGAUCUAAUAUUAACGUUAGGGAAGAAAGAAUUCUCGCAUUAUGAACAUCAAAACGUCUUUAUGAAGAACAGCGGUGAAUGGUUACGCGAAUAUGACAAAGAGCUGGGAGACUUUGAUGGAAGAUUGUUCGAGUUUCCGAUCAGCUUCGUGGCAAGUUAUCCGUUUCAAGAAGAUAUCAAUGAGCCCGUGAAUUACAUGCAAACAAGAGUGCCGGCUUGGUGUGAUCGGGUUUUAUUGAGCCCCACUGCGAAAACGCUAGUCCAAGAUAUAAAUGAUUCUGAUGCGAUGGAAUACGGUAUAAUCGGCCCGACUACGUGCAUGGGUGAUCACAAGCCAGUCUACUUGAAGGCUAAUCUCAUCUCGGACGCAGGUAUGAUAGACUGCUGCAGCUUGCCACUUGCACCUGAGUUUUGCUUCCGAGUGCCCAACAAUUAUUUGGAGUUGUUGUCCAUGUUGCCUGACUGCCAUAGUUACGUUAACGCGCGUGCGGAUUAUGUUGAUCGUUCGUCUAAUCUGUUGCACGCAGCACCUAUUAAGCAUGAUCCUUACACACCAGAUAGUAUGGACAGCCCGAGUCCGAACGCGUUGUUAGCCACCGGCGAGGUUCCGGACUUAGACGCGGAUCACAUCUUUGCCGGUGACAACGCGUCCGCGCAGCGGUCAACUCAGACCGGCACGUCGAGACGUAUCGAUCGUGCGGUGUCACCGGCGUUGCUCAAGUCUCGAUUAGAGCUGAUCGUGCAGAAUAAACGGCAAGAGGACGCGGAACUGGAAGUGGACGCUUCGGACAUCAAGAGAAGUCCCAGCGAAUGCCAUCUGCGCUCCUUGCCGGAUAGCGAGGACCGGCAGUGGUGCGUGCGGAAGAACAGGUGCAACAGUGACGUAUCAUGGCAGCGGUCCCACGUGUUGACCGAGGCUUGGGUACGCGGCAAAGGCCAGCAGGGCUAUCACUCCUUCAGCAACUUCGCCAAUCGCUCAUCCUCGCCCGUGAGUCCACCGGACAUGGUCGACGGGUUGCCACCCGACCUGAUCAUACCUCGAAUAGCCAUCAUAAACGCGAGCAACUUCGAGUCGAACGAGAGCUCCGUAUACUUCCAUGACGACAGGCUGAGCAAUUAUUCGGAGAACAAACUGAGCGCGUAUUCGGACGGCCGCACGAAGACGUUGAGCGGUGAAGGCGGGAGCUCAGACAAGUCGGACGAGAUUUGCGACAAGAUGGACGUAGGCAGCAACAGACUGAACUCGAGCACAGAGCAAGUGGUGGAGAUGCAGGAGAACGUGUAUCCGGUGGCUCACGACGGAUCGAAUGAACAGUACUUUAAGGAGAACAAUGGCAAAUUCAUCGAAGACAAGUGCAACAUGUGCAAGGAAACAAAAUGUCAGAUAGAGACUCGGGCUCUCAUCACGUCACGGACGAAUGACAAGUCAAGCGUGGCACGCAACGACGUUCCGGAUGAAUCCGCUUGCCGAGACUCUAUGCGAUCCAGCGAGAUCCUGUUGGAGAAUCCACUGACUUCUCAGGCCUUGCAGAGGAUACAUGAGCGAGCCGACGUGGACAUGGAUCAAACUGAUGCGAGGCUCAUCGACGGCGUCCUGUACGAAAAGCCUGACGCAGAGAUCGGACAGCUGCUCCGGAAUCAGGAUCGCGACAGCAAUGUGAUAAAGAUAUGCUCAGAUGCGCACACGGAUCAUGUGGUAAGUCACGACGCGGAGAUUGUAAGCUGCGAGAGCAGGCAAAAGAUGUGCGGCUCGAACAACACGACGAGAAGCAAUUCCACGCAUAGUCAGGAUAUCAGUGACCACGCAGGAAGUGUCAGACUAAAAUUGAAAGCUUACAAAGUCACCGAACGAUACAAGAGCAACAUAAUAGGCAGGGAGACCAGGUGUAGGAAGUGUUGCUGUGUGGUAUCGUGAUGCUCCGCCUUAUUAUACAGUCCGCAUCCUAGAAUCCGUGUGAAUCAGUUCCUCGUUUAUUUAUGGCGUGGUGACACGCCACCAUCGGGUCUUUGGUUAUCUUCUGUUUCUUUUUGUUUCUACUUACCUAGAGUAUUCCUUCGUUCAACCGUUGUUCCCCGACCUCUCGUCUCAUUUCCUCGUGUUAUUCUCUCGAUACGCUGAGGUCGGUGUUCGAGACAGCGUCUGCAGUCUUAGUUUCUGUGCUUAGUGUAAGACUAUAAUAAUUUAUUUCUUCGUACGGUGUGCGUAUUUCAUUGUAUAUUCCGUUGUUGAUGACGAUAAGAGUAAUCUAUGAGUGAGUUACGCCAUGUUACUCGCAAAUGUGCGAUUUUACAUGUAGAUCGUGCGACGAGUGAUCGUGUUGACGUAAUGACGGACACUUCGUGUAUUUAUUGUCGAGAAUUAUUCGCCGUGGACGCGCUCUUCAAACCGCGGCGGUCGUGACCAUUCGCAACUACCUGGCUGCGCGUGUGAUAUAAGUACAGAGAGAGAGAGAGAGAGAGAGAGAGAGAGAGAGAGAGAGAGAGAGAGAGAGAGAGAGAGAGAAAGAUACAAGUUUAAUCACAGACGGUCUCGCGCUCGCGCUUUUGCGCUCUUUCGCGCGUCUUUCACCGGAAGCAGCCGUUCUGCAUGCCAUCGAGAGAGAGAGAGAGAGAGAGAGAGAGAGAGAGAGAGAGAGAGAGAGAGAGAGAGAGAGGAAGCGUCAGCGGUGUGAAGUGAUUCUUCCUGCAUGCGCAUGGUACUCUAACGUGUGAACGUGUUUUGCACGCGAAAAACCCCUGCGAAGAAACCACCUCUUCCCCCAAAGUGCGAUAACGAGAACUCUUUUACGACUUUUUUUUCUCUCUCUCUCUCUCUCUCUCUCUCUCUCUAUCUCUCUCUCUCUCCCCUUCUCUCUCCUCGUUGUAGUCGUGUAAUUUAUAAGCAGUAUAAUCGCACGCGUCGCGUUACUCGGUGGGACGCGAUGUACGUUUGACACAUUUAUUUAGAACGUGUAUGGAUGUAGACGAUAUAGUAAUAGUAACGAGAUGUUGUUUACGUUGAUGUUGUGUAGUUUACGCCGCUGUGUGUACAGUGUCAAAAGAGUAAUACGUACAGAGACUGAUAAAAGAUUGUUACCAGUAUAUAUAUAUAUAUAUAUAUAUGUAUAUAUAUAUAUACAUACUUUCACGAGCAGUGCUACGUUAUCCUAUUAUACGCUAUUUUACGUAGAAGUGGACCGUCAUUCGACGGAUCCCCAUCUCCUCCCCCUCGGUACCUUGAUACAAGCAUGGUUCUAAGUAUUCUUUUCUGUUUUGUCAAAGAAAUUCUUACCUCGCAAUGUUCUUGUCUUCGUUUUGAGUUUAAUAUGCUCCUAGGUCGCAUAUAGUAGUGCAAACAUGCAUACGACACGACGUAUAGCUGUUACGAAUUUGAUCUUAUACUCUGAUAUGGCGGAUUCACCGGCUUGCAUAUACGAAGAAGAUUUUUAUCGGGUGAUAUAUAUCAUAUCGCGUAACUGGGAUAUAUUCAUACCAAAGUUCAUAUAUAUUAUUAAUUUAUAUACGCAUGUUUUACAAUAAUUUACAACAAUUUUGGAUUUCAAAAACUAAUAAUUUCUUCGAGUAUCUAACCAUGCGAUAUGAAAAUUUAUUAUACCAUAUGUAAAAUAGCUUCGUGUACUAUCUACAAGUGUUUCAAAAAUACGAAUAUAUCCUAGUCGGUCUAAUUAGUAUGGUAUUCCUUAUCUGUAUACGAAUGAUAACAUAUUGUGUAGAAAAAUGUUCUUCGUGCAGUUCUAAAUUUUCAGCUGAUCUGGCUUCUUAAACUAUGUCAAAUUCGAAUUCUAAUUACUUCACUCUGCCCCGCACCGGUUGCGUAGUGUCGUUUUGUCUCAGCGCUGCACUGAUCUAACGUCGCAUCAGACGGUAAGUUACAUCCGUCCGAUGCUAUCAGAGAAUGAUGCUGUACUCGCAAGAUGUGCCGGGGCAGAGUCGGUGCACGUCCGCCGAAUUCGCUAUUAGAUGAAAUACGUGAUAUACAAGCA